UAUAGCACUGCCUAAUUUUUUCUACUCUAUAGCUCUUUCUCUUUCUCUCUCCCUUUUACUUUCUUUAUUCUUUGUCAUAAGACAUGUUAGUUCUCAUCAUUGGCUGGCUUCUGAUUAUCAAUCAAACUUUCUUGGCACUAGCUGAAAGUGUAGGUGAUUUGAGAUUAGUCCAUGAGAGGAAAGCAAAUGCAAGUUAUGAAGGAAGAAUAGAAGUGUACUAUGACAAUAGCUGGGUGGCUAUCAAUGACAAGCAAUGGUCUAAGAAUGAUGCUAUGGUGGCUUGUAGGCAGCUUGGCUAUGAAACUGGGAAAAUAGUUCCAAUCGCCACUCGUGGUGGAUAUUAUGGAGUUGGGAAUGGAAGUAUUGGGAUUACUGACUUAGACUGUACAGGAAAUGAGACCUUGCUAUUGAGCUGUCCCUAUACUGUGGACCAGGGGUACACUUACAAGCAUUAUGCUGAUGGAGGACUGAGAUGUGUGCCUAAAUCUUUUAAUCAAUCAACAUGUGAAACCGGUGAUGUACGUUUGGUAAAUGAGUCAACAAGUAAUCUUGGCAGGGUUGAUGUUUGCAUCGGAAAUGAGUGGGGGACUAUUUCCCGCACAAACUUUGAUCAUACUGAAGCUAGAGUAAUAUGCCGCCAGCUUGGAUACUACGACGAAUUUGCCCAAAAUAGAGAUAGAGGGUUUGAAUUAGGGCUGAACACAAGUCCUGUACUAUUGAGUAGAGUCAGUUGCAUUGGGACAGAAUCAAGGAUCCUGGACUGCAACUACAAUGGUCCUUCAUCAGCUGACAGGCAUAACAAAGACACUGGUGCCUUUUGUUUUGACAAGCCACCAAGUCCAGAGAAUUGUCAGUUUGGUAAGAUACGUCUUGUAAAUGGUACAAAAGAAGGAGAAGGAAGAGUUGAACUGUGUAUUGCUGGACUAUGGGGAACAAUAACUGAUGAUUCAUUUGGUACAAAUGAUGCUAAAGUUGUGUGCAGGCAACUUGGAUAUAGUACUGAGAACCCAAUUGUUUACAAAAAUGCUCAUUUUGGAAAAGGUUCUGGAUACAUUUAUUUGGAUAAUCUAAAAUGCAGUGGAACAGAAGAAAAAGUACUAAACUGUGGAUACGUAACUACUGUUGGUGCUGACACUCAUGAUGAAGAUGUUGGAGUCAAGUGUCAGGUAACAAACGUUACAAGUAUGAUGGACAUUACCAGUUCAACCCUGACGGUAGCAUCAACUAAAGUAUUGAUGACUACCAAUGCAAUGACGAUUGUGAGACCAAUGCCUACAAUUAGAUCAACAGAACAAGUUGAUUCUAAUGAUGACCUUAUUAGGAAUUGGCUCAUUGCUGCCGGUGCUACUGUCAUUGCACUUGUAGCAUUAACAACGCUAACUAUCAUUGCGGCACAUUACAUUGUAAAGAAAAGAAGGAUUUAUUCAGGCAUUGCACAGUUUAGCAGUAGGGAUUUUGAUGAAAAUCAAGUUAUCCUCCAGUAGAAAUUAAAAAGCCAGCAAACAACAGUUCAU